GUUCGAAGCACAUCAUCGCACCUCAUCGCGAGAGGAGUUGGAUGUGGAAGUAGCGUCACAAUCACGAAUCCUGCCUUGACGCUUCUAUGUCUUUAUUGAGGGCCGCGGUGCCUGCGUGGAGCAGACUUUUAACCACCUCUGAAGAGUCAGCAGCGCAAUGUCGCGUGGAAGGUGCCGAUGGCCGCACCCUAUCCUCACCACUGUGUGGCAGCAGAUUGCAUGCUUCCUGCCACGCACGCGCCAACGCUACGGUAAAGGGAUGGCGUAGCGCCCGCCGUCCGGCGCGAGGCGCACGGCGCGCGCCCAUCAAAACAUGGAGAUUCAAAAUUGUGAUUGUGGAAUCGUGGAAUCGCGAGCUGAUCGCCGACGUCCCCUCUGUUUGUCAUCAACACGACCCACAUCGGCGGCCAAUGUGCAAUGAAGGCAUCAUAUGAAGGCGCUAUCGCCCAGCCCUUGUUCCUGCAGCCUUCUCCUAAGAGUUCUUACCCUCGCGGGCCAUCCCCAUCCGAAUGGUGCCUGAAUUGUUAUCAAUGCCUGCCCCCCCCCCAGGGCACAUCAGCCAGACGGCUGCAAACGAGUCCAUUCAGCGCACAUUCCCCCUUCCAAAGUCGAGUCAGGCCAAAAAGCGCAAAUCACGCAAGCAUGCGCAUUCAUGGCGACAAAAACGUCGAAUCG